GCGCUGGCUGGUUCUGUUUUAGUUCCCAUUUCACUGCUUCGGAGGCUGUGCACAGUUCCAACCUUCAAAUAAUUACACCAGCCCAUUACGCCUGGCACGGAUCCCUGCGGCGGCUGCUCUGCUCUGGUACCAGAGUGGUGAGGACACACACGCGAGACUGUUUUGAGUUGGCUUGAAGCUGGCACAAUUGGUAAUUUUGUGGUACGUUCAAAUUAAUAAAACGCGAACCGUGGGCUUGAGUCAAGAGUGUUUUUUUAGCGCAUUAGCUCCAGCGAUGACGAUCGAACCUUCUGCACUUCGGCGAGUUGAAUGAAGCAACAUCGAAAGAUCGUUUUCUAACAGAAACAGUGAGUGUGCGAGUGUGUGUGGUGUGAAAAGUGUGAAAAAAUGGACUGUGUGCGAUAGCUUUUGCGGCUGCUCCUGUUGCGGGUAAAGGGCCACGGUAAAGGCCAGAAAGGUAAACAAACAAAGUGUCAAAAGUGUUCGCGAUAAGCGCGAUAAUACACGCACGCACACACCCAACAACCGGCGAGUCUCGUUUCGGCGUUGAAGCAGCUCCUAAAAACACGUGUGAAGAAGAAGAAGAAGAAGACAAAAAGACAAGCACAAACCACCAACAACAACAACAACGAUGCCCGAUCACGAUAUCGAGAUGAUAACGAGCGAGCAGCUGCACGCGGCGCUGCGCAAGUCGCAGAAGCACUUCAUCAUACUGGACUGCCGCAGCUCGCACGAGUACACGGAAAGCCACAUCCGGACGGCGGUCAACUUCUCGAUCCCGUCCAUCAUGCUGCGCCGGUUCGCGGCCGGCAAGAUCGACAUCACGUCCACGAUCAAGUGCCGCGAUCUGAAGGAGCGCAUCCUGUCCUGCUACAAGGAGAGCACGUUCGUGCUGUACAACAAUAGCAACGAGCCGGUCGGGGACAGUGGCGGCGGCGGUGGCGGGGGAGCUGGCAGCCGCGAGGAACUUGUCAUGAUGGCCACCGGAUGUGGUGCCGGCCUGGUGCCGGCGAGCGGUACGGCGGCCGCCGGCAACGAUACCACGAUUAAUGUGCUGCAUCGCAAACUCAAGCAAGAUGGCUGUCGGGUGGUCUGUCUCGAAGGUGGUUAUGCAAACUUUCGUCAGUCAUUUCCGGAGUGGUGCGAGGAUGAAGUCAUCAACGCGAACCUGCAGACGGGCUGUGCGGCAACGGAGCAACUGAUGGGAUUAAGAUCCCUCCGCAUUUCGAUCCCAUUCUCGGACUCGGCGUGCAGCAGCAGCACCGAGUCGUCGGACUGUGAGAGCAGCACCAACUACCUGUCGGAGGCGGCGGUUAGCGUCGAGCCGGUCGAAAUACUGCCCGGCCUCUUCCUCGGCAAUGCCUCGCACAGUGAGGAUCUGAAGUCGCUGAAAAAGUACAACAUUAAAUACAUUCUGAACGUGACGCCCGAUCUGCCGAAUGUGUUCGAACGGGACGGCCAGAUACGCUAUCUGCAGAUACCGAUCACCGACCACUGGUCGCAGGCGGGCGAUCUGGCGAACCACUUCCCGGAUGCGAUCAAGUUCAUUGAUGAAGCCCGCUCGAACGGGUGCGGCGUGCUGGUGCACUGUCUGGCCGGCGUGUCCCGCUCGGUGACGGUCACGCUCGCCUACCUGAUGUUCGCCCGCACCCUCUCGCUGAACGACGCCUUUCUGCUGGUGCGCUCGCGCAAACCGGACGUCUCGCCCAACUUCCACUUUAUGCAGCAGCUGCACAGCUUCGAGCAGCAGCUCAACAUCGACCCGACCCAGUCGGCGUCCGCCAAGCAGGCGCUCUACUCGGCCUCCUCUUCCUCAGCGGCCUCUUCCUCCUCGGUCGGCGGCGGUGCAUCCUCAACCGGUGGCCAUUCCGUGUCCACGACCCCGUACAGUGCCAGCUCGAUCGGGUCGUCCGGGUCGGGAUCGGCCGGGCUUGAGCCGUCGGCACGCCAGCACCUCCACCACCACCAGCACCACACGACGACGCCCCACCACGCCGCGCAUCUGCACCAUCAGCAUGCGAUGCAGUCGAAGCACUCGAUGCAUCAGGUCCACUCCCGGCACGCGGUCAAGUACACCUGCGCGUGCGUGGAGGUGGAGUGCAAGUGUACGCAGGCGGCGAUCGAUCUGCUCGGCCCGUUCACCACCGGCAUCUCGCCCGACUCCGGCAUCGAGUUCGACCGGUGGACGCCGAGCAGCAACACGCCGAAAUGAGAUACGGCCGGCGUGGAGGGUGGACGGUUCCAACUGCCGGACCACUUCCACCACCACGAUGAUCAACCCGGUGGCGGUGGGGUCGUUGCCACCGUCGCGGAAGACUCCGGCUCAUCCUCGUCCGAUCCGGCAGGCUAAAGAGAGAGCGAGAGAGCGAGAGAGAGGGAUCUUCUGAGACACGUUUUUCGCUUCGCGCGUGUGUGUUGUUGUAGUUGGUGGUGUAGCGCCUCCAACGCACACACACACACACGCGUUAGCCAGCACCCGUUUCCCUUGUCCUCUGAUAGGACGCUCUGUUUCGGAAAAGCCCCCGCAUUUCCCUUCCACGGGAAUGGACGAAACAGGAAACCCGAAAAGGGACGGAACGAGUGCAUCAUCGUCAUCAUCCCAUCAUCAGAUCAUCAGGCAUUUUUGGUGAAGAGAAAGGAAGAGAGAGAGAGAGAGAGAGAGAGAGAGAAAGAGAGAGAGAGAGAGAGAGAGAGAGAGAGAGAGAGGGAGAAGUAGAGAGUUUCUCGCUUUAGUGUGUGUAUGUGUUCUUGUAUUAGCAGUGGGGGAGAAAUCCGACGCAAGGAUGCUGAUUAGUAGAGUAGACUUAUACAUAUAUACAUACAUACAUACUACACUACGCUAUAUACACAUCCAAUGGUAUAUAAAUAUAGAGAUACACCCAUACGUAUAGUGCAUAUUAUAGAUAUAUAUUUAUGUUAACACACGUCUCGUUAUUAUGAAUUAAAAUCAAACACAAAAAAGCCAACAACACAAACCACCACACAGACGAUCGAUUAUUUCCCUUUCAUUCAAUUCAACUCCAUUCAUGUGCGUAUGCGUGUGCAGUAGUGCGCAGCGCGCCCUGUAUUUGUGUAUGUGCGCGUGUGUCUCUGUGUAUGUGCAUUUUUAUGAAGAGAAAAAGGUGGGAGUGGAGGGGGGGUUGAUGGUGGGUCAUUUGUGUAGAUGUAUUGCUGUUCAAGGCACGCCUCCAGGUGAGUAUUGGUUUUUGAUCGAACAACAGCACACACCGCAGUAGGCGUCUCAGCAGGACCCUUCUUCCUUUCGUUUCCCUUUUUCAAUCACUCUUCUUCCUCACAAGUCGCCCCAACCCCCUCCCCCCUUUACCCACGUGUGAAUGUUUAACGUUUUUUAACGAUACUCAUUGAGGUGUUUGCACACACAUACACACAUACACACAGUUACUACCUUGAGCCCUUGAGCUACUUUGAAAAUUUAGAGAAAGAAAGAGAGAGAGAGAGAGAGAGAGAGAGUUAAGUGUAAAAGAAAAAGUUGGAAGAAAAUGGAAUUUUAUGCUGUUGUUGUCGUUUGUGAAUGGAUUUAUGGAGGUGGUUUGUGGAUUUGUAUGCGAAAGGAUUGUAGUUAGAUUGAAAAGGGAGGGGGGAAGGGAGUUGACCCCAGUUUUGUACUUUUGCCCGCCAAAAAAGCUGGCAGGUGGAGGAGAAGGGGGAAGGGGGAAAAGGUUAGAGAUUAUAAUGGUUAGAGGUUGCUCAUAAUGAGGAAUUGGAAUAAGUCGGUCGGACACAGCGAGAGAGACAGAGAGAGAGAGAGAUGACAAUUUUAAAAAGACUAUUUGAUAGGCAGAGAGGAAACGGGGGGACGAAGAUAAAAAAAAAACAUUAAAUGUGAAAAUUCGUUUUGGUUUAAAGCAGAUCGCACAAAUUUAUUAAGCUUACUAGAGAGACAAAGGGUGACCAUGCCAGCAACAAAAAACGACAACAUUCCGCAAUCCGCAAUUUGUAUCUUCCACUAUUUAAAAACAAACAAACAAACAAACAAACAAAGCCGGCAUCAUCGUUCAUCUCUUCCUGUUUUAUGCGAUCGCCGAACAACGAUCGCUCAAAGAUUUUACCGACACACUCUGCUGCUGUCGUUACUGUUGCUACUUAGUUGUUGUGUUGUUGUAUUUUCUUUAAAAAAAAAUCCUUCUUUUGCUUCUAUUCCUCCAAUGUGCCAGCAGUGUAACAGUAACAGCAGCAGCUUUCCUCUUGCAGCAAGCGAAACGAAUAAAAGAAGGGAGUGAAAUCAUCAUCCAUUUUGAAACAAUAAAAAGAAACUGUUAAAAAGGUUGCAAGAACAAACAAAAAAACCAUUUAAAGAGAAGCGAUAGCGAACUAAAUAGUGUUGCGUGUCACAAUGGGAAAAUCAAGGAGAAAAGAGGCAGCGCUGAUGAGGCCAAAACCGUGGACACAAAAUAAGCCAAACGUUGAAUUUUUAAAUCACCACCACACUGUCCACUAUCUCCCGCAAAAAAAAAAAACACUAUUAUGUCUCGUUUUCUUAGUGAACGCAAAUGGGAAGGAGAUAACAACUAAAACAAAACUAAAACAAACGAACAAACAAAAACAAAUGAAAUACAACGACGACUGUGAAAAUUGUGAAAACCCGACCCCGUUCGUGUGUGAACUUUUGCAUGGACAGACCUCUCUUACAAACACAGCCCGAAAUAAAACAAAAACAUACACUUACAAUUUAGAAUUGGUGACACGCCACACACAAACACACGUACAUGAAUCGGAUGUCGUCCAAAACUCGGGGGGAAUGGUACAAACUGAACCCGGGGGCGAUUUUUUGGGAGCUCACCUUGCUAUGGGGUAAAACUUUACAAACAGAAGAGACAAACGCAUAAGCAGCAAAACGACGGAGAAAAACAAGAAAAAAAAACUAAUGAUAUUUAUGUGAGCCAACGAAGUAAAAGUGGGGUUUAUGGAAAAGAGAGAAGUAAACUAAAGCAGAAAAGCAGGCCGUUUUAGCAGAGAACAGAGCAACAAACAGCAGUUGAGCAGUUGGAAGAGAAAAGAAUGAACGAAACCAGACGCGCGGGGAGGAGCCCAAGCGGUGAAGAUGAGUAAUGCGAACAACAAACCAAGCCAAACAAAAAAGUAAUAAUAAUAAUAAUACUAUUAAUAAUAAAAUUAAUAACACAACUCUUAAAAAAA